CCAGAAUUUGGUUCACACCGUUACAGUGAAGGCGAUCAUCUGUGAUGCACAAGCCAGGUCAUUUCUAAAAUGUAUAAAAAGUCACAAUAGUCUUCAUGGAUGUGAGCGAUGUGUUGCAGUAGCACAAAUGAUCGAAAGGAGGGUAGUUUACUUGAUGAAGGGUACUUCUGAAGGAAGAACCGAUGAGGUAUUCAACCGAGCUGGAUACCCUGACCAUCAAAAACAAAUAUCACCUCUUGUUAGAGCUGGUAUUUUGUGUGUGAAACAGUUCCCCCUUGACUACAUGCACCUAGUAUGUCUUGGAGCCAUGAAAAGGCUGCUGACAUACUUGUGGCGUGGGCCAGUUAUCUGUCGACUGAGUAAGGCUCAGAGAGAACAGGUACAAAUGAACAUUAGUACGUUGAAACAAGCUUUGCCUGCAGAGUUUUCAAGGCAGCCAAGAAGCAUGGAAGACUUGGACAGGUGGAAAGCUACUGAGCUACGUCAGUUCAUGCUCUACACAGGACCCUUGAUCUUGAAAGAUGUGCUUUCUAAUGACCAGUACCACCACUUUCUUUGUCUGAGUGUUGGCAUGAGCAUUCUUUUGGAUGAAUCGGAUGAGAAGAGAGAGUCCUAUCUAGGAUAUGCACACAACAUUCUGGAGCAUUUUGUGGAUGGCUCUGUGGAUUUUUAUGGACCUACCUUUCCAACAUACAACAUUCAUUCCAUCAAACAUUUGUCAGACGAUGCUGCAAACUUCCACAGCUCCUUGAAUGAUAUUUCAUGUUUUCCGUUUGAGAACCACUUACAAGUUAUCAAAAAAUUGGUGAGAAGUGGCAAACAACCGCUAGUGCAAGUCACAAAAAGACUUGCUGAAAGACAAUGUACUGAAAGACAUGCCAGACGAUCUCAAAGUACAACAAAGCUAACAGCAAAGAUGCCUGACAACUGUGUGUUCCUUAUGGAUAAUGCAGUGGGAUUUAUUCAAGAGAAACGAAGCGAUGGAACACUAAGGAUGGAUGUGUUUAGGGAAACUGACUGUGACAGUCUCUUUGAAAAGCCAUGUAACUCAAAGCUCUUCAACAUUAUGCUUGUCAGCAGUGACUUGACAAUGGCAAAGCGAAUACUGAUAAACAGAGAAAGCAUCUACAAAAAGGCUGUGUGUCUUCCUUACAAACAAGGUUACGCUAUAUUGCCUCUGUUGCACAAACCAGAAUGACUAGACUUGGUAAUGGACAAUCGUGGCGAAGCAAAAAGAACUAGAAAGAGGAAAAUCUUCACUGACUUUGUUAAUGACUUGGACCUUGAAAACGACAGUGACAUGACUGACAUUGAGUUAACCCAGCUUAGUCAAAGUCUUC